UUUCAGAACAAUAUGUUGCCAAAUGGCGAAAAGACAUUUGUUGGAAACUCGUACACAAUUGACUCUGUUCGAAGACAAGCCGAUGGAGUUUACAUCUGCACUGCCUCAAAUAAUAUCGGAACAACUGUGAACGAAGAAAUCGAUUUAAAUAUACUAUAUCCUCCGGAAGUUAAAGAAGAGCAGUCUAUUGUAUUCACAGUGGAAGGACAAGAAACCGAAAUUGUCUGUAUAGUACACGCAGAGCCCAAAGCUGACGUUUUGUGGUAUAGAGACACGUUACAAUUGGACAUGACCGAAUGGCGGAUUACCGACGUCAGAGGCAACCGAUACACUUUACGCUUGAGAAAAGUGCAGAAGACCGAUUUUGGCAAUUAUUCUUGUGUGGCCGAUAAUGGACUUGGCAAAAGCAAACGAUCCAUCGAAGUGACUGGAAGACCAGACGUCGCGAUCAUCACCAGCUCGAAACAGGGCCGUUCUAAAAAUUCAUAUGAAAUGUUAUGGACUGUGAAAAGCUAUAGCCCAAUUAUAGAAUACAAAUUGCUAUACCGUCCUGACAGGACAAACAAGAGCAACCAAGAAAUUCAGUAUAAACGUCCCAUGAGAAGAUGGAACGAUGAUUGGACAGAGGUGUUGCUUAACCCUGCAUCCACUGACCAAUUGGAAAAGACCCGAACUGAAACCAUCCGCAACUUGGACCCCGGCACCAAAUACGAAGCAACCGUUCAAUCCAGAAACCGCUACGGUUGGAGCGAAGUUUCCCAAUCUUUCUUCUUCACCACCAGCACAAAGAACGAAGCACACCCAGGCAAUUCAGUUCUUUCCGACCCAGAAUUAAGAGAUAUGAGCAUCACCGCUAUUAACAAGGCUUGUCCUAAGACCAUACAGACAUCAUUGCUUUGCAUCAUGGCCAUGGUCACCUACUAUCUUGCUUAAAUUUCAAAAAAAAAGUACCAUUCAUCGUCUCUACCUAUACCCUUCAUAUAUUUUCACGGAUACCUUCACACCUUCUUCACCGCAACCCAUCGUCGAAACAUGGACCGAAAAUUUUUCUUCGCUAUACCAUACUUACCGUUUACUUCAAGAUACCACGCACCACAUUAAAAAUACUUCAUGUCAUUAUAGUACAUGUUGUACUACUAGCCGUUUGAUAUUAUUUUCAAUUGUCAUGCACAUGACUAAUUAUAGGUUAAAAUAAUAACAAUUCUACCAUUGUCAUUGUAAUUACACCUAAUGUCUAUUACACUCUAAAAUACGACAUUUCAAUCAGAAGUAGUUUGAAUGUCAUUCAGUUUCAAACUUCCCUCUCCACUAAUACAUUUAUACUUACACAUCUAAAAUAACUAAUCAAACAUUGUUCAUCUAUUAUGAGUCGGUAUUCAAAUUGACUCUCUGCAGGUUGAUUACUAUUUUAGUAAGGCCCCCGCGCCCUCGACACGCCUGUAACUGCAUAUUUAAAUAUGUGAUAUAUUUAAAAACAAAAAAAUAUUUAAUAUAAUUCUCCUUCACUCCAAAGCCUUAUGUUUAUCCUACCCUCAGGUCCAUGUGAGAUUUUAUUUUUACAUAUUCAUAUAAAAAGUACUAUUUUACCUAAAUCGCUUAACUUUUUUUUUUUCAUAAUUAUUAUUAUUUUGUCUGUGACCAAAAUCCUGAGCCAUUAAAACUCAAAUCAUGCUAAAGACUGUCUUCUUUAAAUCCUUCACUCGGUGUUGUAUUAAAACGCAUCUUUACAAUAACGAUCGACACAACAAUGAUCAUUGUAUGCCAAUGAACAACAAUACAGUUUUCUACAAACGCACUAUCAUGGGUUUAGUAGGUGUACGAUAAACUGUAAAAACCAGCAUUUAUAUCGAGACGAUAAAAUGUCUAUGAAAAAACCAUUUAAAAUAAAAUAGCGACAUAAUUUAUAUAAAAUAUGUACAAGAAUCACUAGGCGCCUAUUUAUAAACUGUAUAAGAAUCGAGCGUUUCAAAAUGAUUACUUCCACAGCCAUUAAAUAAUGAACAAUUUUAAUUAAUUAUAAUUUAUUACGAUACAACGCAUACCACGCUAUAAAUGACAAAUAUUCAAUAGACACAAUGCUAAUAAAUGACGUUCGUAAAUAAUUUUGAAAAAAAAUUCCGGCAUAGGUACUAAAUUGGUUUUAAUCAAUAUAAUACCCAAAUAUUAAGUUCAAAUAGCCAAUUGGUCAUGUUAGACACUUAGUACCUUCUUUGAUUGAGAUAUAUUGUUUCAUCAUGAAUAUCAUAGAAAAGUUUCAAAAAGAUUUUAGUUUUAUUAUCUGUGACACUACUACUCUGUCUUUUAAUGAUUUUAUUUAAACCAAAAUAAAUUUUUAAUAAA